UGUGCUGGCAAACUUGAGCAUGUUCGGCACAGCUCCCCUCACUUCUUGCCAUCCAAACAGUCUCAAAGAGGCAAGAACCACGCAGCAAAGAUUGGCAUAUGGCAGUGGUUGCCGGUUCAGAAUGGUCAAGUGAAUGGAAGUUGAGAGUCGGAUCACGUCCAGCGCCGACCUACCAAAACCGGUGAAUGGCUACAAAGCGGCCAAGGCAGGCAGGGUCAGGUCGCAUGGCAGGGUCCCCUCCCCACACAAAGUGUCCUUCCAGAAAAUUUCAACAGGAGGGAAACAGGAACCAGUCAGCCAGUGCAAACCACCCGCUUUUGCUAGCUCCCCGUUGUGCCCUCCUCGUUGAGUUUUGCCUGCCUCUGAGCCAGCCGACAACUGCUAUUUAUCUGUCCUUCCUGCCCGUCCUGCUGCUUUCUUUCCUACCGCAACAUCACUUUUUCUCUACAGCAACAGUAUUCGACUCCAGUCCUCUUUUCCAGACUUUCAAUACCCAACUUCGAACCUUCGAUAUACCCCCCCAAACCAACAUCAAAAUGGACUCCUUCGCUGCUCCCCAGGGCCGUGCCUGCUUCACUUGCGGCCAGACUACCCAUCAGGCCCGUGACUGCCCCAACAAGGGCGCUGCUAAGUGCUACAACUGCGGCAACGAGGGUCACAUGAAAGACCUGCUACUCUUGCGGUGGCAUCGGCCACAUGUCCCGUGACUGCGUCAACGGCUCCAAGUGCUACAACUGCGGCGAGUCUGGCCACUUCUCCCGCGACUGCCCCAAGGACUCCGGCUCCGGCGAGAAGAUCUGCUACAAGUGCCAGCAGCCUGGCCACGUUCAGUCCCAGUGCCCCAGCGCUUA